AUGGCCACUAUCAACAACUUGGAUGGUAUCAAGGUGGCUUACCGGCCGAUGAACAAGGAGAUUCCCAAUUUGUGGAUCAAGCAUGGUUAUGAGAAAAUAACUCUUCCCAAGGGAUGGGUCAAAGACGAAGGCAGGCGACCAUUACCCGUGGACAUGAUUUUCGAGAAAGACUGCGCCAUAACGCUACGAGAUGGAGUCACAAUCUACACGGACGUUUUCCGACCUGUUGAUGCAGACAAAAACCCAGUCCCUGCUAUUCUCUGCUGGAGCAUCUACGGAAAAUCUGGUGUCGGCAAGCACAGUCUUGACAAUCUAAAGUAUCGGAUGGGCGUUCCUCGCAACAAGACGAGCGGCCUGGAAAAGUUCGAGGCUCCGGAUCCAGCAGAAUGGAUUCCUCGUGGUUACGCACUGGUCUAUCCUGAUGCUCGUGGAACUUUCAUGAGCGAAGGUGACAUGGCUGCUUACGGCACUCAGGAGGGUCGUGAUGGCUACGACACGGUCGAAUGGAUUGGAACCCAGAAGUGGUGCAAUGGCGCAGUAGGCAUGGCUGGAAAUUCUUGGCUUGGCUCGACACAGUGGUUUAUCGGUGCCGAGAAACCACCGCACUUGAAGGCCUUGGCCCCUUGGGAAGGACUUGGGGAUUUCUACCGCGAAUCACUCUGCCGUGGUGGAAUACCGGAUUAUUCAUUCUGGCAUCACCUCUUGGAGGUUUUUGUGCCUGGACAAAAUAGGCGCGAAGACAUUGAGACAAUGGUUGAUACAUAUUCGACGUGGAACGCGUACUGGGAGGACAAAAAGCCCCAAUUAGCCAACAUUGACGUCCCAAUGUAUGCCCUGGUCAGCUACUCCACAGGGCUACAUACCGAGGGCAGUAUCAGGGGGUUCUUCAUGUCUUCCUCGAAAAAGAAAUGGCUCCGAAUCCACCAUACACAAGAAUGGCACGACAUCUAUCAACCCCAGAACACUGACGAGCUCCAAAAGUUCUUUGACCGUUACCUCAAGAACGAGAAUAACGGAUGGGAACAGACUCCAUGCAUGAGACUGUCGAUGCUCGGGUACAAUCGACCUAGCGUUGUCAACCGGGUGAUCUCAAAGUACCCUCCCGAGAACUUCUCAUACCAAACGCUGUUUCUGGACGGAACGACACGCCGCCUCCAAUACGAACAACCCAGCACUCAGCAAGUGACAGUCAGUUACGACAGCGACGUUGCGUGGGCAAUGCCACCGAAAUCGUCUCUGGGUUUCACUUACACCUUUGACAAAUACACCGAGCUUUGCGGCUGGUCCAAAGCCGAACUGUACAUGUCGACGCCUACCCAGAAUGAUAUGGACGUGUACAUUGUGAUCCGCAAGCUCGACAAGGACAACCACGAGUUACAGCAUUUUAACAUCCCAUUUGAAGACUUGCCCGAGGGAACAACCGAGGAAGAAAUCCCAAUGGAGAACAUCUACAGAUACAUCGGCCCCAACGGUCGCCUGCGUGCGUCGCAUCGAGACGUGCAGACGGAGCCAGGGUACCCCGAAGAGAAGAGGCAACUUUUGAGCGAUGCCUACGUUUGGCAUCCACAUGAUAAAGAAGAGAAGAUCAACCCAGGAGAGAUUGUGAAGUUGGAAAUCUCACUUUGGCCUGGCGGCAUGGUCUUUGACGAGGGCGAAUCCAUGCGUUUCGACGUUAUGGGUCAUCAUCCUAUCAUUCCCGAGUACGAAGGUCUUGACAAGUCAUUCCGCAACCUCAACGUUGGAAAGCACGAGCUCCAUACCGGCAUAAAGUACCCUUCAAAACUGUACUUGGCUCUUUCGAACUGA